GAACCUGAAUCGAGUGAGACAGCAGGUAACUCUAGGAUGUAACAAACCAGUUGAUAUUUUGCCCAGAACUUAAAAGCUGCUCAAGCCAACAAAACUCUCUUCAAAUGGCCACUGAAAAAGUGCAGCAACUCAACGGAAAUCCAGAGGCGUCAAAAGGGGUCGGAAAAGUUCGCAUAUGUGUUAUUGGAGCAGGUCCUUCAGGGCUGAUGACCUUGAGAGCAUUGCAGAGUCUAGAUGUGAACAAGUUUGAAAUCAUCUGUUAUGAAAGGCAUUCGGAAAUUGGAGGCAUAUGGAACUUCCGGGCGGUCGAAGGACUUGAUGAAGAUGGCAUGGAACCUCAUUCUGCUGCUUACCAUGAAUUAAAAGUGAACUCGUCCAAGUGGCUUGAAGAGUGUCCCGAAUUCCCCUUCGAAGAAAGAGUCGAAGAUUACCCUACAUGGCAAAACAACUUAGCUUAUCUGAACAAAUUCACAAAUCACUUCGGUCUACGAGACGUUCGAAGAUGGUGCCACUGAUUGUUACGAUGUCAUAAUCUACUGUACUGGUUAUUUGGAUGACUUUCCUUUUUUGGAAGACAGUCUGCAGACGGUGAGAAGGCGUAAAUUGGCAGUGGAGUUGUACAAACAAGUCGUGCAUCCGAAAUGCCCGAGGCUAAUGUUUAUUGGCAUGUCAACAAUUCUGUAUAGCUUCUCAAUCUACUGGGUUCAAGGUCACUUAUGCGCAAAACUUAUAAACGGUGAUUUUUCCCUGCCUGGUCCCACAGAAAUGGAAGAAGAGAUUGAACAAUUUGUAGAAGCAGAUAGCAAACUGAAGGGUUUGCAAGACGUAAUCAACUUUCAAAGUGAGCGAAUUAUAGCCCUUGGCGAACUGGUUGGCAAGAAAGACUUGGACAGACGGCACAUUGUUCAAGCGUGGACGAGAGAUAGACAGAACGAUAUUCUGAACUAUCGGGAGAAUUGCACUACGGCCGAAGCAGCGGCGAAAAAAUUACGAGGUCUAUUUUGAAAACAACUCACAAAAAAUUAAACAUGCUUUUGGGGUUCCGUGCAAGCAUCCAAAAAACCAAAAAAA